AUGCGUUCGUUCGCUAUUCUUUCGCUUGCCAGCGCGGCAGCUGCGCAGAUUCGUGGUUUCAACUACGGUGCCACCAACAACGAUGGCUCGGUCAGAGUGCAGCAGGACUUUGAGAAUGAGUUCAACAGGGCGAAGAGUCUUCAGGGCACCUCUGGCUUCACAUCCGGCCGAUUGUACACCAUGAUCCAAGGCAACACUGCCGACACUGUCACUGCAGCUAUUCCAGCCGCCAUCAACACCAAGACCUCCCUUCUUCUCGGUCUCUGGGCGAGCGCUGGCCAGGAUGCGUUCAACAACGAGAUCACUGCGCUCAAGAACGCCAUCAGCCAGUAUGGCUCUGCCUUCACAUCAUUGAUUGAAGGUAUCUCGGUUGGAUCUGAGGAUCUCUACCGUGUCACUCCUACCGGCAUUGAGAACAACAGCGGUGCUGGCUCCACUCCAGACGCCCUCGUCAGCUACAUUGGCCAGGUUCGCAGUGCCAUCGCAAACACCCCAGCUUCUGGUGCCAAGGUUGGUCACGUCGACACGUGGACUGCGUGGACCAACGGCUCCAACGUUGCAGUUAUCAACGCUGUAGACUGGCUUGGCGUAGACGGCUACCCAUACUACCAGACCGUCAACGAGAACAGCAUCGACAACGCCGCCAACCUCUUCUUCGAGAGCUACAACGCCACUGUUGGUGUCGCCCAGGGCAAGCCGGUGUGGGUCACCGAGACUGGCUACCCUGUUUCUGGACCCACCUCUGGCCAGGCUGUUGCCUCUGACGCCAACGCUGAGACUUACUGGCAAGAGGUUGCCUGCCGUCUGUUGGGCUCUGUCAACACUUGGUGGUACACCCUUUACGACCCUCAGGCCAGCGGUGCCGUCUCGUUCGGCCUCGUUGGACCAAACCUCGACAGCGAGCCUCUCUACAACCUCGCUUGCAGCGGCCAGCCUACCUCCGCCAGCAGCUCCGCUUCCACCCCAUCCAGCACCGCAGUGGCACCAACUCAGCCAACCACCAAGCCGGCUGAGACUGCCUCCUCGAUCGUGACGACCCCUGAGAAGGAGUCUUCCGCCCCAACCACCGCCCCAACUACCGCCCCAGCAGUCUCCGCCCCAGCAGUCUCCGCCCCAGCAGUCGGCAGCGGCGAGACCAAGACUGACUACCAAACCACCCUCAUCACCAUCACCUCCUGCUCCGGCGGCUGCCCCAAGCCCACCUCGGUCACAGUCCCAGCCAGCAGCGCCGCCCCACCACCACCAGCCCAAUCCUCCCCAUCCAGCGGAAGCGGAAGCGGAAAAUCCUGCCCAACCAACCUCAGCGGCACCUACGAAUGCCCGCACCUCAUCGUCCCCGUUUCCUCCUCCUCCCCCAACACCGCCUACGGCACCUCCUACAACGGCAAGCUCUCCCCCACCGAAUCCAGCAUCUUCAACUUCGACAUCCCGGCCUCCUACGCCGGCAAGACGUGCUCGCUCGUCUUCCUCUUCCCGGAGCAGAAGGAUCUCGAAACCUCCUCGUUCACCUUCAACGGCAAGGGCGGUAUCACCGUUGAGGAGUUGACGGGCCCGGCGACUGAGCAGACGACGUACGCGAAUGCUCCCGCCAAGAGUGGGCUUAGCCAGACGAUUUCUAGCGUGGCGCCGGGGAACAGCUACCUUGUCUUCAGCCAUGAGUGUGCGGCUGGAGAGAGGAAGGCGUUCGAGUUUGAGUCGACGGGGGGGUUGGAAUUGGAGUUUUUCCAGGAUUAUAACCCUAGCCCUAUUGGAGCGUAUAUUACUGUGUGUUAA